AUGGCGACAGUAUCGUUGGAUGUACCUCCGGCGAUUCAUGUUGAGAUUCCGGCACAUACUCGGUGGGCUGAGCUCAAUGAGCAGCCGCAGCGCGUAACGGCAAGAUCUCCGCAAAGUGGCUUCAACGUUGAUGACCCAGUCUGGCCUGUCACCCAAGACAUCGCAACCGAGAAAGCCCGACUUAUGGGCGCAUACUACGGCACAGUCCCUGCUGGCAUGUCUCACGCUAUCGUCGGUACGCCUGAGGACGAAGCGGGGCAAACACUCGCCAAGAUCGUCUUCAACAGGGCCCGAGAUACCGUGCAGACUGAGCGUUACGGACCCAAGUCGUUCAUACAGAGAUUCAUCCGCGGGAAGCUCAGUACUCUCAAUGUGAAAGUACUGAUCACCAACUGGAUGCUGGAUGCAUGUAUCUGUCAGUUUGAGGUCGAAGGCGAAGGUGAAGCAGGAAUUGCUAAUCGAGACGCAAACCGCGCGGUAUAUGAACAAGGCAUCGCAGAUCUUCAGCAGUUAUGGGAACGUGAGUACACUCAUGCUUGGAAGUCUGCUGAUUCGACUGCUGUUGGUGCCCGCGGUCUGAACAAGAAGCGGCUGGAGCGCGCUCGCGAACUCUACCGGGUGAUGAAAGACGCGCCCCCGGUCUUUGACAUUGACCCACCCAAUGGUAGCCCGUACUGGGAGUCAGCACUCAAAUGCGAACAGGCGAAGCUGGUCCCAUUCAUGAAUCGGGCCAAGGCUGAUCGUCUGAGGAAGUACGAGGAGUACUUCACAAAAGACAUGGUUGCAUCUCAUUACAGCACUGUCAUGAACAUCGUGGACAUUCGCCGGCUUGCCGAGAACGCCAACAUCGACGGCGUCCCCCAAUUCUGGUCGAUGAUCGUCAAUCAAUGGACACACACUUGCGAUCUUGUACUCAGACACGUAACGGACCCUCAGCUCGGCAUUCGUAGGGAAUUGUUGAUGAUAGAUCCAUCACUCCGCGCGGCCGCCUACCACCACUGGUUAGACCGAAGCCUUGAGUGCUUCCAGCACAUCCGCCGACUCUUCAACCGCCUCGGGUACAAUGUCGGCUACGGUGAAUGGAAAGAUAUCCCGAUUCUGAGCGUGGGUCACCGGGGCAGGAAGCGAGCGAGGACCGACGAGUGA